CUCUCGCUCGCUCGCUCUGUGUCUCUCCCUCUCUCUCUUCUGUCCUGCCAAUCGCCGCCUCAUCCGUCAGCCCGUCCACGCGGAGCUCUGCCCCCUCCUCCCUCAUUCCCGGCGUCAUUCCUCCUCCGCCACAAACGAACGCCGAGCCGCGCAGCAGACGACAUGGCUUCAGGAGUAACCGUAAAUGACGAGGUCAUAAAAGUUUUCAAUGAUAUGAAAGUAAGAAAAUCUUCAACACCAGAAGAAGUCAAGAAGAGAAAGAAAGCAGUGUUGUUCUGUCUCAGUGACGACAAGAAGAAAAUUAUUGUGGAGGAAGGCAAGGAAAUAUUGGUGGGCGACAUUGGUGAAACAGUGGACGACCCAUACACCUCCUUCGUAAAGCUGUUACCGCUGAAUGACUGCCGUUACGGCUUAUAUGAUGCAACAUAUGAAACAAAAGAGUCCAAAAAAGAAGAUCUGGUGUUUAUAUUCUGGGCCCCUGAAAGUGCACCCCUUAAAAGUAAGAUGAUCUAUGCUAGCUCUAAAGAUGCAAUCAAAAAGAAAUUUACAGGUAUUAAACACGAAUGGCAAGUUAAUGGUUUAGAUGAUAUUCAGGAUCGUUCCACACUGGCUCAGAAGUUAGGAGGCAACGUGGUAGUUUCACUUGAAGGAAGACCCUUGUAAAUGGAGUCUUGAAGUGCCAUCUGGAUCUGAGGAGCUUCCAGUUUUGCCUGCCGCUCUGCUGAUAUCAUUUGGUCCCGUUGGAAUAGUUUUAGCCUUUUUUUUUUUUUUCUUCUUCUUUUUCUUUCUUUCUUCUCUCUUCCCCAUGUUAAGGAAGUCUUGGUUUUUGAAGCACACUGCCAGUGAUUGAUUGCCAUUAGACUGUUUAAUCCUGGUAGUUUUUAAAUGUAGGAUCUCAAGGAAUGAUUUCAUCCAUGUUGCCAAAAAGGACACCAUCCCUCAUGCCAGCUCACCCCUCACACAAACAAAAAGGCAAAGAAUACAGAUGGCGUGGUGCGCAUUCCUCGCAGCAACUACAGUUACGGUUUGCAGUUUACAAACAAGAGUACGCGGCUCUCUAAAGCUAGGAGAUUUUUUUUUAUUUGUUGGUUGCUUGCAUGGUUGCCGUUUUUCAUUGUUAACACGUCAUAGGGCUCCCCUGCAUACGCGAGAGCUCGUGUUGUACACUAUGCAUCUGCAGCACUUUGUUUCCUAACCCCCUUUUUUUUUUUUUUUUUGGGAGGGGGUCUAUCCUCUCUGGGAAGGAAUGCCCCUUCAUUUUCUGCAUUUACAGAAUUCCAUCGGUGCGGCUUUCAUUCCUUUACAAACAACAACGACGACUCCAAAAGACAUUUUACUAACUGCUUAUGUUGCCUUUUUGUGUGCAUUGAAAUGUUAAUAACAGGGGGUGGCACUUUAAAGAUUAACAGUUGUGAAAAGGAAAAAAAAAAAAAACUAUCUGUACAAACAGAGCCUUAAAUGGACAUUUAUUUUUAUUUUCUGAGAUCAUAGAACUAGCCACACUGAAAUAAAACUCGUGGCGGAUAAAGGAAUGCUUACUUUUCUGGUUAUUGCAAGAAUUUGAUUCAUUUCAAAAAUGCAGUACAGUAAUAAAUACAACAUGGCCAAUGUCCUUUCUCAAAGAUCUUAGACAAACAUGGGAUGGGGGAUUGGGGUGGGAGGGUGGGGGGCUCCUUACACCGACCUGCCUUUUUAAUGUCAUCACAAACCUUCAAUUAGUUUGACUGCAAGCAACAGCUUUGUUUUAAGGAAGGAAAACUCGUUAAAAAAUAUAUCUUGGAGUUGAGGUGUGUUUUUUAAAUUUCACAAAUUGAACACAAUGUUGUCGUGUGGGUGCCUGGGGGAGGAGGGAGGGGGUAUACGCCUGGUAACUUUUUCUGUUGGUAAUUCACCUUUGUGACAAGAAUGAGGACUGAGAGGAUACAGGCUAUGGUGUGUUUCAGUUUGUAUUUAAUGUUAUUUAUUGUAAGUGGCCAAAGGUGUAUUAGAACGAUUAAAAUAUCUUAAAACCUGAAA